AUGCAAAUAUGUGAUGCAUGGAGAUGUUGUAAUGGAUUGCUGGCUGGCUGGAGGCUGCCGACCACCGAGGACUGGUUAGGAACAACAGCCUUGAUCACCGUUUUGGCCAAAGUGGAAAUCAUGAAACCGAUCAUGAUUUCAAAAGCCAAAACCCAAAAAGAUUUUAAAAAAAAGCGAUCGUGCAACACCACGAUUUGUGAACACGAGUUUUCUUCAAACAACAAUACCAUGAUUUCGUCGGCGGUCUACAAAGUUAACGUUGCCCAGAACCGCCAGUUCAUUAAUUUGGUUCAUGAACUACAUUCGAUGAUAUGAUUUCUCUCUUCGAUGUGAGGGGGAGUCACCAGCUGUCCCAGCAUCUGUGAAGGCGAUAAAUUUAUGCUGGCCUCUUCCACACAUCUAUAUCAAGGAUCUGGGGAUCGUGUGCUCGAUGCACAUGGUCAUCAUCAAGUCCUGCUGAAUAAUCGACAUCGUUUUUUUUUUUUUUUUUCAUCCCAGCUACGUUGCACUUUCGACGUUGUUAUAUAUAUUUGGAAUUGGCCAUGGCCGAAUGCUGC